CGGCGGCUUGACGCCGGGAUCCCGCGUUUGAGGCGACGGGCGGCCGCGGUGGAACCACAAGGCGGGCUGGGCUCGGCUCGGCUCAAUGUGACGGUGGCCGCGACCAGGUCUGUCUCUGUGGCUGAACAUGGUGACAGCCUGUGCCCUUGGCCAUCUCGUCUGGCACAGCCGGAGGAGCUGGCAGCCUCAGCCUCCGAUGGCCCCCCGCGGAAGUGAGUGAGCCACUGGCCGCAGCGCCACCAUCUGCUGGGGGACCCAGUGGCCGAGUGACCCAAGAGCACUGCACAGACCCACGCAGCGUGGGAGACGCAUGGUGCACAGAGCGACACGCAGCCCUCGUCACGGCUGUGUCACAUUGGGACAGCAAGCAUGAGCGAUCCCCACGGUCGCCCCGACUUCUGCUGGAAGUAGACACCCGGGCCCCCCAAGGCCAACUCACGGACCCCGCACCCCGGCCCAUGGGGCCAGCGGGGCCCCCAGCAGCCACCUGAGCGCCCCAAGCCACCCAGGCGGCCACCAUGGCCGGCGCCGAGGGCUUCCAGUACCGCGCGCUGUACCCGUUCCGCCGGGAGCGGCCUGAGGACCUGGAGCUGCUGCCCGGCGACAUGCUGGUGGUCAGCAGGGCGGCCCUGCAGGCGCUGGGCGUGAGCGAGGGCGGUGAGCGCUGCCCGCAGAGCGUGGGCUGGAUGCCCGGGUUUAACGAACGCACACGGCAGCGCGGUGACUUCCCCGGCACCUACGUGGAGUUCCUGGGGCCCGUGGCCCUGGCCCGGCCUGGCCCUCGUCCGCGAGGCCCCCGCCCGCUGCCCGCCAGGCCCCACGACGGAGCCCCUGAGCCAG